AUGGCAAAGUUACUUCGAGCUGCAGCAAAUGGUAACCUUGGGAAAGUGAUCGAGUUACGCAGCGAUUGGGCCUUUCAGAACAAGAAGGGCGAAUCUGUUUUGCACGUGGCUGUAGCUGAAGAUCAAUUGGAGAUUGUGCAGUAUCUUGUGGCCAAUGGUGCAAUGCUCAAUUUACAGGAGAAGAAGCACCGCUUUACACCGCUGAUGCUAGCGUUAGCUCAGCAACCACCGAGAUUUGAAGAAAUUAUUCAGGCUCUAGUCAAAGGCAAACCGGAUUUGAGCUUGCAGGACUCUUCGGGUCAUACUGUCAUGCAUCUGGCUGCAGAGUAUGAGGAAGUGGAGAUGCUGAAGUUGAUGCUGCAAUCCAAAGCUAAAGUCAAGGUCGAUGCAGCUGACAACAACAAGAUGACGGCGCUCCAUGUCGCUGCUGGAAAGGGAAAUGUCGAAAUUGUUCGGCUGUUGAUUGAAACGGGCCAGGCCAACGUGAACGUCGUAGACAGCAAGGGCAACACACCACUUCACUGGGUGUGUAUCAAGAGUGGCGACAACCAGCUCGAGUUGAUAAGCUAUUUGAUUUCAAAGGGUGCAAAGCCGGUCAAAAAUGCUCACGGAAAUACGCCUCUGCACUCGGAGGGGAUGCACUGUGACCCUACUGCAAAUUGGCCCACCGCGGCUGCAGAGAUACUGACUACUGCAUUCCCAGAUUUGAUUGCCGAGGUUAGCAAUAUUGGGUUGACUGCACAAGAAACGUUUGAGCAGGACAUUGAUUCAGAAGUGCCAGUGGAGUUAUCUCCGGUUAAAUCGUCAAAGAAGGGUGGAAUCCGUCCAGUACGUUGCGGCAAGGGUGAAGAUGAUGAGCAGUAUCAAGACAACAUUGCCGCAGCACGUGCAGCCGCUAUUGCUCACUCUAGAAAACAGGUUUCCAAGAGUACCGAGGAAGGCAGUACCAUGACUCCGUACAUUUGGGUUGCCAUAAUUUUUGCCGUUUUAGCUGUCUUGAACGCCAUGUUCUUGUCAUAG